GUGAUCGGUUUAUUGGGUGAUUUUUAGGAUUCUUUGAGUGGCUAUGUCGAAGCUGAGGAAAAAGUUUCUGGAACUUCUUCUAUGUGUGUUGAUUUUGUUUACUUAUGUUAUUGGCUAUGGAGAAGCUCAGUCCAAGAGUUUUCUUGUAGAUUGUGGCUCAAAUACUACAACGGAAGUAGAUGGAAGAACAUGGGUUGGGGAUUUAUCUCCCAACAAGAGUGUGACCUUGCAAGGAUUUGAUGCCAUUACUGCUUCGACAUCGAAAGGAAGUUCGGUUUUUGGUGAGAUAUAUAAGACUGCUCGUGUUUUCGAGGCUGUGUUGAACUAUACAUUUGAAGGUAUAACUCAAGGGAAUUACUUUGUUAGGCUCCAUUUCAGCCCUUUCGCCAUUGAAAACCACAAUGUGAAUGAGUCUUCUUUCAGCGUCUAUGCGAAUGGUCUGAGACUGAUGCUUGACAUCAACAUCGCGGGAGAAAUCGCGCAUAAGAAUCUCAUCUUGGAAAGCACUGGUCACAAUGCUACUGCCUCUUCUUUGGUUAAAGAGUUUCUGUUACCUAUGGGACCAGGAAAACUGGUUUUAAGUUUCAUGCCGGAGAAAGGGUCUUUCGGGUUUGUCAAUGCUAUUGAGAUACUUCUUGUUGAUGAUAAGCUUUUCAAGGAAUCAGUUACUAAAGUUGGUGGAAGCGAAGUGGAGCUUGGUUUGGGCGGACGCGGGAUCGAAACUAUGUAUAGGCUAAACGUUGGUGGUCCCAAGCUAGGUCCAAGCCAAGAUCUUAAGCUUUAUAGAACAUGGGAAACAGAUUUGAGCUACAUGGUGAUUGAGAACGCCGGUGUGGAAGUCAAGAACAGCUCAAAUAUCACAUAUGCUUUGGCUGAUGAUUCGCCUGUGGCUCCUCUUCUUGUUUAUGAAACUGCUAGGAUGAUGUCAAACACUGAAGUCUUGGAGAAACGGUUCAACAUUUCUUGGAAAUUUGAAGUGGAUCCUAAUUUCGACUACUUGGUCAGGCUUCAUUUCUGUGAGCUUCUUGUUGAUAAGCAAAACCAGAGGAUAUUCAGGAUAUACAUAAACAACCAGACGGCUGCUGGUAAUUUCGAUAUAUUUGCUCAUGCGGGCGGGAAAAACAAAGGUAUUUAUCAAGAUUACUUUGAUCCGGUCUCCUCUAAGAACGACGUUCUCUGGAUUCAACUCGGACCUGACUCAUCUGUCGGUGCUUCUGGAGAUGCUCUUCUGAGUGGUCUUGAGAUUUUCAAGCUCAGCAAAAAUGGGAAUCUUGCUCAUCUCAUCAGGUUUGAUUCGACUGGUCACUCGGUAGAUGACUCGAAGAUGCGGAUUAUUUGGAUCAGUGUUGGUGCUGGUAUAGCAACUAUCAUUUUUUUCGUGUUCUUGGGAAUCUUGGUAGUAUGUUUAUGCAAGAAAAGGCGAAAUAAAUCAAAUGAGUCCAAAAACAAUCCUCCCGGAUGGCGUCCGUUGUUCUUGCAUGUCAAUAACAGUACUGCAAACGCCAAAGCAACGGGAGGCUCGCUGAGACUGAACACUCUUGCGGCAUCUACAAUGGGUAGGAAGUUUACACUAGCCGAGAUUCGUGCAGCCACCAAGAACUUUGAUGAUGGUUUAGCUAUUGGAGUUGGAGGGUUCGGUAAGGUCUACAGAGGAGAGCUUGAAGAUGGAACACUCAUAGCUAUAAAACGAGCCACCCCACAUUCUCAGCAAGGACUUGCUGAAUUCGAAACCGAGAUCGUUAUGCUCUCAAGACUUAGGCAUAGGCAUCUUGUGUCUUUGAUCGGGUUCUGCGAUGAGCACAAUGAGAUGAUCUUGGUUUAUGAAUACAUGGCAAAUGGAACUCUGAGGAGUCAUCUAUUUGGAAGCAACCUUCCUCCAUUAUCAUGGAAGCAACGGCUUGAAGCUUGUAUAGCUGUUUGUGCUCGAGCUGUUAUAAACCCGACUUUGCCUAAAGACCAGAUCAACCUUGCGGAAUGGGCUUUAAUCUGGCAAAAACAGAGGUCUCUCGAGUCCAUCAUUGACCCAAAUCUGAGGGGAAACUACAGUCCUGAAUCGUUGGAGAAGUAUGGGGAGAUAGCAGAGAAGUGCUUAGCGGAUGAAGGGAAGAACAGGCCAAUGAUGGGAGAAGUUUUAUGGAGCUUGGAGUAUGUUUUGCAGCUUCAUGAAGCUUGGCUUCGCAAACAGAAUGGAGAAAACUCGUUUUCGAGUAGCCAAGCGGUAGAAGAAGCGCCAGAGAGCUAUACUCUUCAAGGUUGUUCCAAUCAAGAUUCCUCAGAAACUGAGAAGAGCCAAACAGGAUCAGCUCUUCACAACUUGGCUUAGAGGAAGCAAACGGAUUGGGCAGAGCCAAAAUAAUUCUUUUGUUCUUUUGUUAUAAUUGAUUGUGAUCUAUCCAGAAGCUCUUAGUAAUAGAGCUUGUAAUAUACACUGCAAAUAUAAAUUCUUUAAGGUAUU